GUCAUCGAAGCUUAUGGUUCUACCGAGCUCGGCUGUGGUCUCACGCUGACACUUCCGGGUGAGUUUCGUGAAGGCGUCGUGGGUAUGCCGAUCAUCUGCUCUCAGGUCAAACUGGCCGAUGUUCCAGAGUUGAAUAUAUUUGUGGACAAGCUCCACUUUGGUGAAGUAAGAUGA